CGCAUGGCCGAUUUUACAUACCACUUCUCCGCCUUGUCAUCUACUUCCUACACUUUUUAUUGAACAAUCUGCCCAAUCCAAUACAUUCGCCCCCUCCAAUUUGCCGACCCUAGGGAUGGCGUCGAACCCGCCUCGCAGGUCGAUUCUCAUCAUCAACCCUAACACCACUACAUCCAUGACUGAAAGCCUCAAACCCCUCGUAGACUCACUCGGCUUCCACGACACUCAAUUCGACUAUUUUACCGCACCCUCUGGAGUGCCGUCGAUCAAUAACGAAGAAGACGCGGGCGUAUCGGCAAAUGCCUGUCUGUCAGCUUUGAAAGAACGGCGGGGGUAUGACGGCUUCCUGGUUUGCUGCUAUUCUCAGCAUCCUCUCGUCCCUCAACUGCGGACCGACUUGCACGCCAAUGGAUUCGAAGGAAAGGUUGUCGCUGGCAUCUUCGAAUGCUCAAUAGCCGCCUGCCUCCAGUCUAUCAACGCCGACGAGACAUUUGGCAUCGUGUCCACGGGCAAGCAAUGGGAACACAUCCUCGGCGCCGCUGUAGCUGGCAUACUGGGAUCGGAUCAGAGUUCGAGGUACUCUGGCACUGAAACGACUGGCUUGAAUGCCAACGAACUCCACACAGCGCCAAGAGAGCAGGUGGAUCAAAGGAUGAAGGUAGCUACGAAGCGUCUAUUGAAGAGAGGCGUCAAAGCCAUCUGUCUAGGGUGUGCAGGAAUGGCAGGAAUGAGGCAAGUCGUGCUGGAGGCAUGUAUCGAGCAGCUGGGAGCAAUAGAAGGGCCUCGCAUCAAAGUCAUAGACGGCGUGGUGAGCGGUGCAGUAUUUGUUCAGGGGGCUCUGCGAGCUCUGUCAUAACGACAUAUGUGCAAAUUGCAUCUGCCGCCUCAGGGCGAGCACCAGAUGCGCACCAAUGUAUAUGAGUUAUUAU